AUCAGCGAUGAGAUCGGCCCGCUGCCGGACGAGCCCUAUCCCCGGUCCAGUUACCAUCUUCCCAGUGCUUUCGUUCUAUUUUUACGAGUCCAGCUUUUGAAAGCCAUGAAUCCCGGUCUUUGACAGAGAUAUAAUAUAAUAUCACGCUGGUCCUCGUUCGUGUCUCAUCGCCAGGGGCCACAUUCCUCCAUUCUGACCCCGCUUCGAUACUCCUUUAACGCCUAUCACUGCGCGCCCAACAUGGUUGCGGAGGAUAUCUAUGAGCAAUGUCUGCCCAUCCUGCAGGACAAGGACAUCGAUGAAGAAGAGCAGGUUGAGAAGCUGGAGGAGUUCUUGCGUGAAAACACGUCACUGUCGGGCAGCUCACUGGAGAAUGUCGUCCUCGAUGUUCUCUGGUGGCAUAGAAACAGCACCCAGCCCGAUGGUUCGCUCCCUCCAGCACGCCAUACGAUCAUCCGACGUUCUUCUCCUGCGCCAUGGCAGAUUGCACGAUCCUCGACCCCUCUGUCCUCGCCGCCAAACAUGGGCACCAGCCCGUCCAGUUCCUCGUGGCUCCCGCCUUCGCGCGGUGGCUUUCCACGCGCUCCACGCUCUACUACAGCCUCUCCUUUCACCUCUCCUCGUCCUUCUCCUAGACUGGCCCUUGCUCAACCGAUCCCACACUCGCCUAAUCUGAAUGCGUACGAGUUCUCCGACCAGAGUGGGAUCUCAGAUUUCUAUGGGGAUUUUGGGAGCGAGAGCAAUGUCGAGUGGUUGGUGGGGGAUGAUGCCGCCAGUACAACGUCUUCUGUGGGUGGAGUUAGCUCGACCGGUGGUGGGCUGAGCGCCGCAGCCCCGGAGUUCGUGCCCGAUAUGAGCCCUCAUGAUAUAUUAAGGUCUGUUCUGGGAGACAAGAAAACGAACGACGAGAUCGAGGCCGCUCUGGAGGCCAAUAGCUAUGACCUGGGUGCCACUAUUGCUUCAUUAUCUCAGGAGCAGAGCUCUGACUCCACCAGCCAACAAGCGGAGGAAGGUCGUAUUUUGGUAGGCAAGUCCAUGAGCGUAGAGCAUAUGCGAUCGUCAACCCCAUCCGGCCAGUCUAGAAGUCCUGUGGUGUGCAAGUAUUGGCUAUCUACAGGGCAGUGCCUUCGAGCUGACUGUCGUUUCAGUCACGAUCUGACUACACAUGUCUGCAAGUAUUGGAUGAUGGGCAACUGCCUUGCUGGAGAUGGAUGCCCUUUCUCACAUGACCCCUCAUCCCUUAUCGGCAACAUGAGCUUGAGCGAUGGGAAUUCUCAAUCAGCUGGAGGCCAACAACCGGCCUUCCAGAUAGACAACAACUACGAUGCUUUUCCUGCUUUGCAGCCUGUGACGGCCGCUGGAGAGCACUGGAUGAACCCAUAUGUCAAGUAUUCGAAUAAUCUUACCCCCCCUGGGCACAAGUAUCCAGGGCAAUUUGGCGGUGGAAGAAGAAAUGGGAGUAACUCUCGUCCCCAUUCGCGACCUACUAGUCGACAUCAGCAAAGGGACUCGAACGUGAACGCCACAGCACCUUCGGUUGAUGAUCCCGAUGCUUUCCCUACCCUGUCCGCGGUGAGUGCGAAAAAUCCUGGAAAGAAAGGGAAACGAGGAAAUCAAACUCGCGAGAGCAACCUCAGCAAGGAAAGCACGCCUAGCUCGCUUGCAGAUGUCGUCCGCAUGUCUCCGUCUCCUGGCCCUGGGAAGGGUAAAUCUUCCUCGAAAAACAGCAAAGAAGCUCCCAAAAGCCGAGAAAACAGUGCGGCCGCACAAGCAAUACCUGCCCCUAAGCACAUUCCCUGGCUAGAGACAGGGGCCAGGGCCAACCAACAGUACAUCAAAUAUCGCACAGAUGCCAUCCGCCAUGGAACCGUCAGGAAUAAGUUUCUGCAAAGCGCCGCACAAGCUUGGAAUCGUAAUGAUGCGCGAGCCGCUAAGGCCCUAUCAUUGCGUGGCCAGGCAGAGAAUGAGGCAAUGCGUAAAUGUCAUCGCGAAGCAGCUCGCCAUCUUUACGAGGAGCGGAAUAAACAUCUACUAAACAGUGGUCUUAACCCCACCACUGAGGAGCUGUACGUUGAUCUGCAUGGUCUCCAUCCCGAAGAAGCCGUCGAGUAUCUCGAGAAGAUCCUCCUCAAGCACGCCAAACAGGGCCGCCGUGUCCUGUAUGCCAUCACGGGAACUGGCCACCAUUCGAAGAAUGGAAAGGAUAAGGUUGGAAAAGCCGUUAAGAUUUGGCUCAACGAAUGGAAGUAUGUUUUCCGCGAAUUCAGCGUUCCCGGUGAGCGUGGUGGAUAUGUCGGUGGAGUCUUGGGAAUUGAUCCCACGAGCUACGAUAAGAGUCUUGCUAGGGAGAUCGAGGAAGGUGCCAAGAAUGAUACCGAGACUGACGGAGACCCGCCUAUCAUAACGAUGGGGAAGGUCCAGCUUCUGAAGCGUGAGGACGCCGCGCUUAAGAAGCCCGAAUAGUCCUGCUAGCGACUGAUAAACUGAGACGACGGCUCACGGGGAUUCUCAACAAGCAAUCGGAAUUGAUUUGACAUUUUAACGAAAGCCGACGACCUGGAUACCCAUUUAUUUCGCUGCUGCUUUCGUCUUUAUUGCUUGCUCAGUUUGCCAGAGACCGCCAUAAAAGAAGUGAAUUGACAUCAUAGGAGUUUUGAGAACGCCUAUGGCUCGGACUUGCUCUUCCUGACACCCUUGGAUACUCGUUACGAGCGUCGACUAACGAAAACUCGGCCCGGUUGCCCCUUAGUGUAGAC